AUACCAACAACAACAACAAUGAUGGCGUCGCUGGUGGUACCACGGAGGUGGUACAGGUACCUGGACACUCUAAAUGCCAGGUACCUGGGCUCUCUUCGUGCCAAGUACCUGAAUUCAGUCAGUAUCAGGUACCUGGACACACUCAGCAGUAGGUACACUGCAUCACCCGGAACACUACAGCGGCAUUUUGUCACUUUAGUACCAAGUACGUCUCAUAUGGUUGCUGAUGCUCACAUUAAACUUAGGCAACAGCAGGAGGCAGUAAACCAAGUUAUGUGCUGCACACCCUCAGGACCACUUAUAUACUCACGCAGAACUACAAGCUUUUUUAAUAAAUUGACAGCAGAACAAUUGUGGAAAGGAGUGACCAGUGUGAGCAACGCUGGCAGGAAGCAAGGCCGUGGCAAGGGCGUUGGCAAAAAGAUUGCCAAAGAUCUUAAUAGAGGACAGAUAAUUGGUGUAGGUCAGGAGAACAUGGUGUGGCCUGGUCUGAAUGCACCUGUUAUACGUGGCAGAGAGCUGGUCCAGCAGAAGAAGCUUCCUAAAGAUGAGGAGAGGGAAGCCAGGCUCAUCAAGAUAAGGAACACUAUGGGUUCGUUUCGUGCUCUCCGCCUCGAUCCUCUUGAUAGAGGCUGGUGUGGCAAUAAAAUGCCAGGCAGGAGUAUUGGUCCACCAAAUCCCAUUGAAGAUGAUAAAUUUGAAGGAUUUGAUACCAGAGUUCUGGAGUUGAAAAUCGUCACCUGCAUGACUGCCGUGUUUGGAAGGAAACGACGCUUUAGCAUGUUUGUUGUGACUGGUAAUGGCAAUGGUCUAGGAGGCUUUGCACUAGCUAAGGCAACCACCAUAUCAGAUGUUACCAGGAAAGUGAAGAACCGUGCUGGCCAAAAAUUACUCUACAUUGAGCGUUACAAUGAACACACAGUUCUUCAUGACUUCUUCACAUACUUUGGACGCACAAAGAUAUUUGUCAAGAAAAUGCCUGAGGGGUAUGGCUUGGUGUGCCACCGUGCCAUCCGCACCAUCUGUCAGACCCUUGGCAUCAAGGACAUCCAUGCCAAGAUUGAAGGACCCACAAAUGUGCAGAAUAUCACCAAGGCCUUCUUUCUAGGCCUUAUUAGACAGAAAACACACCAGAAGCUGGCAGAUGAGAAGCAGCUACACUUGGUGGAGUUCCGUAAAGAGAAUUUAAAUUUUCCUAAGGUGGUUGCAACACCCCAGUCUGGCAAAGUUCGCACCCAGGAGGAAAUACCCAACAAUGAAGAACUCGAUUUUACUCAGCACAUAAUGGAUGGAAAGGUGCAAUUGGUGAAAAAGAAGUACCCUGCACCAUAUGAAAAGUUGCCAAGCUAUGAAAUAUACCUGAAGAAGUAUGCCAGACGUCGCAACCACCAGAAGACUGGUCUGAAACACUCCCUACGAGGGAAGCCAAGGCCUGGCCACCUCUUAGAAAAGGCCUGGCCCGUUGAUUGUACCAUUGUGACCACUGAUAUCGUAGAGCAAGAAGAAUCACCGCAGAUAUCGAAUGCAGAGUCUGAAGAAUCCUUGGUGACAGAGGAUGAUUCAGACAUGUCAGUGUCAGCAGCAACGAUGAAGAUCAAGCAAAUCAGAGCAGAUCAGCCGACCACCAACUCCAACAAGCCUCUUGCAACCAACCCGAGUAACUUGCCGCCUGCUCAAAAAAAGGACAAUAGCAAAACUGUACCUACUGCCAAUUCACCGUCAUGCUUGUAUCCAACUUGUUGCACUAAUCCUCAGCCCUCUGAUGCAUGCCUCAGCAGCCCUCGUCUCAAACUGCUGCAUCUCACUCUCCAGAAUAUUAACCUCUGGCCACCUGCUAAUGCAAUAGGCUAA